CUGUUCCAGGAAGGUGUCACUAAGUAUGGCCUGCCAUCUCGCAUUCGUAUUGAUAAGGGUGGUGAAAAUGUUGAUGUUGCUAUGUAUCUCCUUAUGCAUCCACUCCGUGGCCCUGGAAGAAGUACAGUUAUUGUAGGGAGAGUGUGCACAAUCAAAGGAUUGAACGUAUGUGGAGAGAUGUGUAUGAAGGAGUUGUCUAUUUCUACCAUAGUCUGUUUUAUCACCUGGAAUCUAUUGGUAUGCUUGAUUCUAGCAAUGAACUCGACCUUUUCUGCCUCCACUUUGUUUGUAUUCCGCGUAUUAACUCUCACUUGACAUCCUGGCAAAAGGCAUGGAUUAAACAUCCCAUGAGAUCUGAGCACAACCUUACUCCAGAGCAGCUGUGGACAAUGGGUUUGCAAAGAAUUGCCACUUCUAAUAAUCACAUUGCAAGUGAAGUCUUUGAGGAUGGAGAUCAGCAAUUUGGUAUUGACUGGGGAGGACCUGUGUCUCAUGAAGACACUUAUGAAGUGGUUCACGUGCCUGAGACGGCUACUCCUCUUAGCAUUACUGAUAUAGAAGAACUUCAAGCAACUGUUUCACCUCUGGAACCAAGUAUACAUUAUGGUAUAGAUUUGUAUGAAAGCGCAUUACUAUUUGUAUCUCAGGAAGUUGGUUGUGUAGUUUAG